UCAGAUCCCAAAGAGAACCACGCUAGCCCUGAAUCUGAAGUACAGGAGGGGCCAAAGAUAGAAGCAGUUUACAAACAAGAGGAGCCCUUUCACCAGGAGUGGUGUCCAUGUCUAAUGCAGGUUACAGAGCUGCCAUUUGUUAAAGAUGAACAAGUCCUUCGGCAGGAAUGUGUUCCCAUUAAAGAGGAAUUGACAGAACAGGAAUGUGUCUUCAUCGCAGAGGAAGCUCCUACUGAAGAUAAUGUCUAUACACUUGAGGAGAACAAGAAGCUGGGAUCCAACCUGUAUGAUGAUUCUCCAUCUGAAUGUGAACUGGGAUUUAGAGACGAAGGAGAACACGACUCCACUCUAUCACCCCAGUGCAAAGACUCUUCUAGUGGCAAACCACAGUGCAAGAAACACAGAGAAACAACACCCCAAGAAGAGUAUGUGAAGACAUUGAGAACUCACUCAGUUAAAAUCCCUUCUUUACAAGACAGACCCCCUCUUACUGUGGAGAGUACAGAAACGUCACAUUCUGCAUGUAACAGUUCUGAAACCCAGGGCAAUUUGAAGACCUUACCUCAUUCUAUUACAGGUGGAAAUAGUUCCUGUCAAUUAGGCUCUCCUAAAACUCACAAGGGAAAUCACACAGGAGGGAAUCCAUUUUCUUGUGGUGAUUGUGGGAAGAGUUUCAAAUUUUUAUCACAUCUUAAAAGACACCAGCGCACUCACACAGGAGAGAAACCUUAUCACUGCACUGAAUGUGGAAAGAGAUUCAGUCAGUUAGGAAGCCUUAAAAUCCAUCAGCGCACUCACACAGGAGAGAAACCUUUUCACUGUGCUGAAUGUGGGAAGAGAUUCAAUCAGUUGCAUGACUGUAAACUACACCAGCGCACUCACACAGGAGAGAAACCUUAUCACUGCACUGUGUGUGGGAAGAGAUUCAGUCAGUUACAUGACCUUAAAAGACACCAGCGCACUCACACAGGAGAGAAACCUUAUCACUGCACUGUGUGUGGUAAGAGAUUCAGUCAGUUAGGAAGUCUUAAAAUCCACCAGCGUGUUCACACAAGAGAGAGACCUUUUCACUGUACUGAAUGUUGGAAGAGAUUCAGUCAGUUAAGUGACCUUAAAAGACACCAGCACAUUCACACAGGAGAGAAACCUCAUCACUGCUGAAGUGGGAAGAGAUUCAGUCAUUUAGAAAUCUUAAGUGUGUCACCCUAUCCCAGCACUUCAUGUGGGAAGAAGUUCAGUCAGUUGCAGGCUCUUGAAGGACAUAAGAGAAUUAUCAGAAUUUCAGACACUUGAGCACAUCAGAAAUUACACUGGACGUUUACAUCAAUGUGUUCCAUAAUACCAACUAAAGCAUCACUAUUUUCUGUCAAAUAUUUACAAUUAACCCUUUGCAGUCCUAUGUUGGACCAGGUCCC